CUAUGGGUCAGAGGACCCACCCGAUUAUGAAGCAGGUCACAUGCUCACAAUGUGGCCAUUUCUUAUUUACCCAUAAAAAGGUUCCUAUGAGUUAUUCUCAGUUAAAAAACAGAUUACGAGCUUAUUUGGAAGAGAUUAAUUACACUUAGGGAACAACUUCCUCUUCAAAAUUUCCCAAGUGACUACACUAAAAGUGUAAAUAAGAACAAGGAAAACCCAGGCCAUUGGUGCCAACAUUUUGGGCCUCGGGUAUAAAAGUUCCAGAGAGGAAGGGGUCAUCAGAAUCUGAGAAACUCACCUCUGAACACAAACUCACCCUCCACACCCGACACCAUGUGCUGCUCCCCUUGCUGCCAGCCCAGCUGCUGUGGAUCCAGCUGUUGUGGGUCCAGCUGCUGCCGCCCCUGCUGUGUGUCCAGCUGCUGCCGCCCAUACUGUGGGUCUAGCUGCUGCUGCCGCUCCUGCUGUGUGUCCAGCUGCUGUCAGCCUUGCUGCCGCCCCUGCUGUGUGUCCAGCUGCUGCCAGCCUUGCUGCCGCCCAUGCUGUGGGUCUAGCUGCUGCUGCCGCCCCUGCUGUGUGUCCAGCUGCUGCCGCCCCUGCUGCGGGUCUAGCUGUUGCUGCCGUCCAUGCUGUGUGUCCAGUUGCUGCCGCCCAUGCUGUGUGUCCAGCUGCUGCCGUCCCUGCUGCUGCUGA